CUAUUUCCCUGUAGCUUCUGUCCUUCCUUGCAAGUAAUUUCCAAAACAUUACGACUUAGUCAGAAUAUUGCUGGAGUUACAUUUCUAGCCAUUGGGAAUGGUGCUCCUGACAUUUUUAGUUCUCUGGCAGCCUUUUCUAACAGCAGAGAUCCAAAUGAAGUACAACUUGGAAUGCAGGCUCUUUUUGGUGCUGGUAUGUUUGUGACAACAGUUGUGGUUGGUGUCGUAUCCUUUGUCUCAACUGUUACACUGAAGACUCGUCCAUUCACCAGGGAUGUUUUAUUCUACCUGGGAGCAGUCUCAUGGACGUUCAUCACACUUUAUAAAGAAAACAUAACUUUGGAAGAGGCAAUAGGUUUCAUAGUAUUUUAUGUAGCUUACAUUUUUGUGGUCAUUGUUGGCCAUUACAUCCACCAAAGAUGCAAAAGAAAAGUGCGUGUUGAAAUUACCCCUGAAUCCUCAGAAUCAGGACAGUCAGAAUCCACUGGUGACUAUUUUGAAUCAGAGGGCCAAGUUAGAGCAAGAAACCUAUUGAAUGCAGUGAGGGGCAUAAGUGCUGAAUCCAUCAUUUCUGUGAUUGAGGAACCAACUGACAUCGAGCAUCAAGACACAAGAACGCAUGGACCUCACAACAGAGUUUCAGAUGCUCUUUUUGCUACAGAAAAAACACUGAUUGCUCCAGCCAUUCACAGUGCUCCAAUUCCUGCCAGACAAGAAUCUGUACUUUCAGAUGAGGAAUUACCUCUUCUGGGUAGUAGACGUCAAGUUAGUGCAUGCGGAAAAUUCCUGCAGGGCCUAGAACCUAUUGACCGAGAAGACUGGUGUAGAAGCAAUUAUUUCUGGAGAUUCUUUUUGAUUGUGAAGGCUCCUGCAGUAUUUUGUCUGAAUCUCACUGUACCAGUUGUGGAUUACGACAAAGAGCAGCAUAAUUGGAACAAGUGGCUGAAUGUCCUGCAUUGCAUAACAAUGCCAGUCUUCAGUGUCAUGGUAACAAAAGCCAGCAAUUUUAUGGUUGGUGGACGGUUUCCGGCCUGGGCGUUGGCACUGUGUGGAGGAAUCGUUCUAGCUCUGGUGAUCGCCAUGACAACCAGAAGUGACAAACAGCCAUGGGGUCAUUUUCUGUUUGCGUACGUGGCGUUCGCGAUAUCUGUAAUCUGGAUCUACACCACGGCGAACGAGAUUGUUAACCUUCUUCAGACGUUCGGUUUCGCGUUUGGUUUAAGUAACGCAAUUCUUGGUCUAACUUUCCUUGCCUGGGGAAACAGCCUUGGUGACUUAAUAUCUAACACUGCUAUGGCAAGACAAGGAUUUUCUCGCAUGGCCGUGUCAGCCUGCUUUGGAGGUCCUUUACUCAAUAUGUUACUAGGUAUCGGCCUAUCAUGUACUGUAGGAACGGUAACACGCGGGCAUGCAAUAUCUUUACGUCACAGAUUUCACCAGUACCAGAUCUCCGCGGGAUUUCUAGCUGCCAGCCUCAGCUCGUCAGCCAUCAUAAUUCCUUUGAUGGGAUUCAAAGUACCCCGGAUGUAUGGCGUGUACCUGAUAGUUCUUUAUGUAGCUUAUCUAGUAGUGUCUAUAGCAGCCGAAAUUAAACACAUCUGAUGCCUGUCAGACUCGGCCAGGGUACGGUGGGGUCUCUGUUUUACUUGAGAACUUCUUCAGUGAAACUGCUAAAGUAGUUAAGGAUCUUGGACACCACAAAAGCUUCUGUGAAAGCCUUUGUGUCACUCUUUUAAUUUCAGUCAGCGACGUUAAGCGACCUCUUUUCAUUCGGAUUAUUCAUUAAAUUAUCGUUGCUUUCCAACACAACCGAUUUCGGUGAAGUCGUCAAAAUUGAAUGAAAACAUUGUUGUUAUGUGAGUUUGUUUUUAGUUAAGGCCCCCUUCUUACUACGCCAGAGGAAUUUGAAAACGCAGCUUUGUUUCUCCGGUUAGCUCCUCCGUCCACACUAAUCCGUCACGAAA